GGUGUAUCUGCGUCUUUGUUGUUUUGUUUGUGUGCUGCUCACAAGACUCUCCUUUUUUUUUUUUGUGUUGAAAAUCCCAAUCGCUUAUAAGCCCUAGCCACCAUCAUCAUAAACUCAUUUUUUCUUUUGAACUAAUGUUCUUUUUCAAUCUUCGUCAAUGGACUCUCAAACCCUAAUGAUCGGACCUUCAUAUCAUCUCUCCGGCAUCUCCUCCCGCCGGAGAAGGGGAAAUGGGGGAGGGGAUUACAAGGUGGAAUGGAAUCCUCACCAACAAGGUGAAAGUGAAAAGUUCAGGAGAGUGUUUCACCAUGGUGAAGCAUUCUGCUUUAUGAUGGUUCUGUUCCAUAUCAUCAUUAUUCUGGCUAAAGGUGAAUCAUGUUCAAUGAAGGGACAACAAAACCAAGCAGAGUAUGAUGCAUGUAUGUCCUACAAACCCAAUGAGGUGGAUGGCUUUAGUGGUGAUUUGUCAUCUGGUUUCGUUCUUGAGAACCCCGUACCUCGUCAAAGUCUUGAUAGCGUGUGUUCACAUACAGACUUGUUCUGCUUUCCAUCCAGAUUGCGGGGGUUUUUGUUUGAAGAGAAGAAUGCCCAAUCACAAGUGGAAGAAGUUUCUGGGGUUCAAUCUGAUGUUGAUAUAGGAUCAGAUGAAGAGGAUAAAAAUCUUAGCAGGUCAUCUGAUUCUUGUAUUUUCAAGUUUUUGGGUGGAAGAACAAUUUCAUGCUAUCUGAGUUACCAAGAGUGUUACAGUGAAUUGCCUUGUAGUUGUAUAAGAAGGAAUAGGCAAAAUGGUGUUUCUUUUGGUGAAGUGCCUUUGUCUGAUGAUAAAUGUCAAAAAUUGAAACCAAAAGCAGAAGACGAGACAGACAGUUUCAACAUUUUGGGUGGUUCUUCCCCUCAUGUAGAAAUCAAUCCCCCUUUGCUUGACUGGGGGGAGAAGUAUUUAUAUUUUCCUUCAUUAGCUUUUCUAAAUAUUAAAAAUACACACAGCGACAGGACACUGACUGUAUUUGAACCUUAUGGAACCAAUUCUCAGUUUUACCCUUGCAAUUUCAGCGAAACAUUGUUGGCACCUGGUGAAACUGCAUCAAUUUGUUUUGUGUUUUUGCCUACAUGGUUGGGUUUCUCUGCAGCGCAGUUUGUUCUGCAGACUAGCUUUGGUGGUUUCUUGGUUCAGGCUAAGGGCUUUGCUGUUGAAUCUCCAUAUCGCAUACAGCCUUUAGUCAGCCUUGAUAUUUCCUCUAGUGGAAGGCUGAGUAAGAAUCUUUCUUUGUAUAAUCCUUACAAUGAAGCCCUCUAUGUUGAGGAGGUAACUAUUUGGACAUCUAUUUCUUCAGGAGAUAAUACCCGUUAUGCAAAGGCAAUUUGUAAUAUGAAUAAAGGUGAAGAUUCAAACAAUAAUUUCAGCUUGCUUGGUGUUAAGGAGUGGCUGGAUGUCAAGGGUGAUGAGGUUGGUAUCCCUCUAGUUGCAAUUAGACCCCAUAGGAAUUGGGAAAUUGAUCCUGACAAAACUGAGACCAUCAUAGAAUUAGAUUUCCCUAGUCAUACAAGGGGAGAGAUAUUUGGUGCCUUUUCUCUGCAGUUGCUUAGCUCUUCCAAAGGUAAAGCUGAUACAAUUAUUGUCCCUCUCAAAGCAGAACUGGGCAAGAUGUCUGCUCACAGUGAGCUCACGGAUCCACUUUUUUUGUCUAUUCAAACUGUAAAACCAUGUGCUACUGAUGGUACUAGUGUUGUUGCUUUGUCAGUGAGAAAUGAUUCUCCUUACAUAUUGAGCAUUGUCAAGGUAAGUGAAGCUGGAGAGAACAUCAAGUAUUUUCGUGUCAGAUAUGUUGAGGGACUAAUACUCUUCCCCAGUACUGUUACGCAAGUCGCUGUAGUCACAUACAGCUCCCCAUCUGUUCAGCUUGAUCCUCUGGUGCAAGCUCAUGAAAUGAGCAUGAACUGUAAAUUGCUCGUAUCAACUAAUGACUCAAGAACUUCUGAAAUUGAAGUUACUUGCAUGGAUGUAGUCAGCCUUUGUUCAGGAGGUAAAUAUGACACUUCAAUUGGUCAAGAAGAACACUCUGAUGAAGUAGAGCUUGGAAAUACAAGAGCAAUCUCUUCAAGCAGCAGCAUGCGGUCCCCAUUAGAAAGCAAGGCUGUGGAUACAACAAUGGCAGAUGAGUCGGUAUUGAAGAACUGGAAAUCUCAUGCUACUGCUAAUGGCAUGUCCGUACUGGAUGAAAGUGAAGUAGUGUUUCCAGUGAUUCAAGUUGGAAGUUAUCACUCUCAGUGGAUCACAAUAGAAAACCCAAGUCAAAAACCAAUCUUGGUGCAGCUUGUUCUAAACUCCUGGGAAAUUAUUGAUGAGUGCAAGACUUCAGGAAGCCAUUUGCAGCCUUCUCUAUCAAGUAGAAUAGUUGCUAACUAUUCUAUUGCUCCAAAGAGAUACGGUUUUUCGCUAGCAGAGAAUGCAGUAACUGAAGCACUUCUUCACCCUUUUAGUAAAGCAUCAUUUGGUCCAAUUUUAUUUCAACCUGCAGCUCGAUGUCAGUGGAGAAGUUCAGCUUUGCUCAGGAACAAUCUUUCUGGUGUGGAGUGGUUAACUCUCAAAGGAUCUGGGGGAUUGCUUUCUUUGGUCUUGCUUGAUGCGUCUGAACCUGUACAGAACUUGGAAUUCAAAUUAAACAUGUCAACCCCUCUUAAUCUCUCUUCUUCGGAUGUGCUAUAUAACAUGAAGGAUAAAUUUCAUGCAUGUUCCCUGUCAUUGUCAAAGGAGCUUCAUGCAAAGAGUGGGGACUUUCCCUUGGAGGUCAAAAAAAUUGAAAUCUCUGGAACAGAGUGUGGAACAGAUGGGUUCGUGAUAAAUGGUUGUAAAGGCUUUUCUCUUGAACCUGAGGAGUCUAUAAAGCUUGUGAUAUCAUAUCAUACUGAUUUUUCUGCUGCCACUAUACACAGAGAUCUUGAACUGGCUUUGGCAACUGGUAUACUUGUUAUACCAAUGAAAGCUAGUCUUCCUAUCUGUGUGCUUCAUUUCUGCAAGAGGUCUUUGUUCUGGACGAGGGUGAAGAAAUUGCUCGUCACAAUUCUUUUUCUAACUUCUUUAUUCUUUCUGGUUAUUUGGUGCAUCAUACCCCAAGUGGUGGCAUUUGGCUCCCAUGAGUGCUUGCCUAAGAGUGGAAAAAGCUAUAUGACAUCUGUUAGUCAUACUGGAAAAUUGUCUCGCAUGCAUCCCACUGAGAAACAGAUUGGCAAGUUCCUCUUCUCCUUUAAAUUGAACGGUUUGCUUAGGUCAAUUGGGGAAGGUGAGGCUCUGUCAGUUGAAAGUUUCAGUACAUGUGAAGAUAUUCAAGCUGUCUCCCAAAAUCUAAGUGUAACUGAUCAGAAUGUGAAUCAUUGUGCAGGAUAUAACUCUGUAUCAGAUACCCAAAAGGGAAUGGAGGUGUCAUCCUCUGCAAAGUCGGUAGCAAUUCAGAGUUCUAAUAUAUAUGAAACCUCAAAAGCUGGUAAUCUCACUGUCAAAAUUGCAAAAGAAAAAGGGAGGAGGCGGAAGAAGAGAAAGAAUUCUACGACUGCUUUGGUUGGAGUUUUUGAUGUUUCAAGUAGUCAUAGUGGCAAUUCUACACCAUCGUCACCCCUGUCUCCUACCUCAAAUUCAACACCUCGUCGGCCAUCUCCACAGUCUGCUGAUGUGGAUCGACCUGUUAAGCUCAUCAAUUCCUUUGCUGAUGUUGGUAAUCAUCAAUGUAAAAAAAGUAUACACCCCGAAUUUGUAUCUCAGAGGAAUGUCUUGCAGAGAGAGGUAACAUUAACGGAUGGUGGAAAAAAUUCUUGUCCUCCUCAAGAGAAGCCUGCUGCACCUAAAAGAUCAGCCAGCAAACCUGUUCUUCUGCCUUCAGCAACCUUCCCUUGUGCUGAUAAAUCUGCUCCUCACUUGAUGUGUCGUCAACCAGUAUUGGCUUCAAGUUCUGUAAUUGCUCCUCAUUUACGAGCUCCUGGAUCUAAACCUCCAAAUCAGAUGGCAGUUAAAACUGAUGAAAAGAUGGGUAUGGAGGAAAAGUUUACUUAUGAUAUUUGGGGUGACCAUCUUUCCAAUCUUCCCCUUGUAGGUAGGUCAAAGGAGGUAUUGGAGACGCCUCCGUGUGCUUUAGAAAACAGCUCCAGUAGUUUCUUUCUAAGGGGUCCACAGACCCUUAUUACCAACUACCAACAAAUAACUGUAAGUUCUGACCGUGAAGGUUAAUGAUAAUUUAGUUAAAAUCUAA